AUGGAAUCAAGGAGCUCGCACAUUGCCUGGUUUGACGUACAGCUUAGUGGCCAAACAUUAUCUGAUAAUCCUCUUGAGGUUAUCGAGCCGGAGGCCUUUCGCCUUGAGUCCCUAAGCGUGAAGAUCUUUCUUCUCCGGACGACGCUAAAGAAGUUAAGCUCUGCCUUAUUUGCGGGCCUCCACUCAGUGAAUUUCAAACUUAUUGCAAGGAAUAGAACAGCUGGAACCAUGUAUUAUUCCAUUCCAAGAGGGAAAGUCACAAUUUACUUGAACUCUCUUUAUUCCUACGAUGAAGCUAUUGUAGUUAUACGUGGCAGCAGUGAACACUCCUUCCUUCGGCCAGCACUACUCAGUAUGGGUUUCACCGAAAAUCAAAACCAGUCACACGUUGUAUUCCUCCCAUGUCCUUUGGGAUCAUUUUCGAAGUCUUUGGGGUCAAGAAGCUGGAAAUGCGUUUAUUGCCCUCCUGGUGGUUUUUACUCCGACACUCUUGGUUAUGUUGCAGACGGCUGUAAGAAAUGUCCAAAUGGUUCUUAUGUGGCAUAUGACAAAAAACCUGGAAAAUCUGUACUGGACUGCAAGACAUGUCCUGACGGAACGGAAACCGACUUUUUCGCUGGACAUCGUGCUUGUCCCUGCUUGAAAGGACAUUACCGAACUCAUCUCUUUGACAAGUGUGUUACAUGUGGCCGAAGCGGGCUGCUAUGCCAAGAUGAGUAUGCCUCACUAAAACCUGGCUUUUGGUGGCAAUGGCGGAACGAGUCCUAUAAACAUCGCUAUGAAUAUUUCAUGAAAAAUCUCGCCCGGGAGCUACCUGCAUUGGAUGAUUUCUCAGUGCAGUAUCCUUAUUCAAUACCAACACCAUACAGAUGUCAAAUAGAGGAGUCUUGCAAAGGUGGUUUGGACUCACCAUGUGGAGAAGGCUAUCAAGGUCCACUUUGCGCUGUAUGCAAUCCAGGGUACCACAAGCAAUUUCACUCUUGCGAAAAAUGUCCUUCACGGGCUUGGAUCGCAGGACAAGCUUCUAGACAGCAUUUGCUUACGUGUGUACACACUGAUAGCUUAAAACCCGUUGGUGACGUCAAAAAGCACAUGUUCGGUUAUUACCAUCAGGACAUUUCUUGCAGUCCAGUACAGAUUUUCCAGGUUUUUUGUCAUACGCCACGAACGGAAACCGACUUUUUCGCUGGACAUCGCGCUUGUCCCUGCCUAGAAGGACAUUACCGAACUCAUCUCUUCGACAAGUGUGUUAGAUGUGGCCGAGGCGGGCUGCUAUGCCAAGAUGAGUAUGCCUCAUUGAAACCUGGCUUUUGGUGGCAAUGGCGGAACGAGUCCUACAAACAUCGCUAUGAAUCUUUCAUGAAAAAUCUCGCCCUAGAGUUACCUGCAUUGGAUGAUUUCUCAGUGCAGUAUCCUUAUUCAAUACCAACACCGUAUAGAUGUCAGGUUAAGGAGUCUUGCAAAGGUGGUUUGGACUCACCAUGCGGAGAAGGGUAUCAAGGUCCACUUUGCGCUGUAUGCAAGCCAGAUUACAGCAUAAAAUGCCAAGGAGCAAAUUACAAUCAUCUUGUAAUUAUAGCUUAUAUUUCAGCUGCAUACACCAUGGCUUUACCUGCUGUUUCUUUCGUCAACAGACUGAUGUCCACUUCUCUUGCCGUUACACUUGUAAAUCUGGGUAUCGGUGCUGUGAGCAGAAUUCCGACUGAGAAUAUAUUAAACAUGGCGGACCAUCACAAGGACGCUUUGGCAAUGAAAAUAAACAUGCUUAAAACACAACUUCAGUCAGGGAUCAUUGGGAAGCCCUCCAUUGCAGCCAGUGCAAAAGGUACUGGAGCAUUGAGUUUUUCUCCAACCCAUGAAGAAAAUGAAAGAAAAGGAAGAAGUUCAGUAAAAUCCAGAAUGACAAGAAAAAGCCUUACUAAAUGUGAACGUGUGACACAAACAGAAAUAUUCGCACCGGUAUCUACCGCUACCGCUGAACAUGCACAAGUAUCACGGAAAGCGUGCCAGCAGAUAACCAUGAUCCGGCACUCUGACCAUCACAGACCACUUGCUGAAGUAGAGGAAGGCACUUCAAAAGAAGAAAAGACGGACUGGAAUAAUGGGGAAUGA